AUGGAUGAUGCUUUGUUAGCGCGUUUUGAAGCUGCUAAGCGCAAGAUAGAUGCUCCUGCGGUCCCUUGGCAAGCCCUGAGGCCAAGAAAUAGGGCAUCCCACAUUGUGAACAAGUAUAAGUACGCAUCGCGGGCCCAUGGCGUGGAGCGGAAUGCGUAUCUGACCGAGAACGAACUCCAGGGACGCAGGCUUUACGAAAAGCGGAGCGCAGGCGCAAGUGGCUUGUCGUCGCGGCAGGAGUUUAUGCAGGCGGUGAGAGAGCUGGUGCAGGUCACUAGACACAGCACAGUAUUGUGGAACUCCCAGCGGGUUAACGUGGUGCAAAUGGCUUCGAAGGGGUGGCACGUUCACAAGGUGCAGAAGGGAGGGUCGCACGGCGCUGCUUUGCACUGCAAGAACUGCCGUGGCUCAUUCUACUUGGAGUUAGACGACUACCUAGAGUCCGAGCAGCUGGAGGCUAGGUUCAAUGCGCUAUUAACUGAAAGACACGUUCCCGGCUGCUAUUGGAGGAGCAAGACUUACAAUCUCGCCCAUAAUUACUACCUCACGGACGUGAGUUUGUAUCUCGAAUUCGAAAGAAUCAAUAAGGAGCUCGGAAAAUACAAGGACUCAGGCGUUAUGCCCGAUGUGCCGCACAACGACGACACUAUCGCGCUUGCACGUACUUUUGGGGCUUCGGGUGUGUCUUUGGGACCUCUUGCUCUUGCACUGAGAGGCUACACAUCCAUCGAUAGCGAGAUAGCUGAAUGCACAGGAUGUUUUCGAAGGACUUUCGUGGCCACGCUGAGGGAGCCCAAUGCUAACAACCAUGCAUCGUGGUGCAAGUUCGCAGAUGAGCAGCUCUUGAUUAAGAUGCUCCUCAAGCACUUGAAGCCCCAAAAAAACAGCAGUAUUGGCGACAGGCUUCAAGACUUGGAGUCGCGUUUGCACGGCUUGUAA